AUGACGUUAAACAAGCGCUCGUUGGGAGGAAACCCAACUCUCAGCCACUCACUCUCUCUUACACCUCACUUUAUUCACUCUUGCACACUACUCCUCUAUCUCAAAUCUCUGCAACAUCAGGCAUGGCUCUCAAACAAAAUGUUACUUCCCAGAAAUAGAAAACCAUUGGGGUUGGAUCAUCAAGAGCGCAAGAAUCCUUUGACCAAACAAGAGGGAACUUCUUUUUCCAUCUCAACCAAGGUUGGGGGAAGUAUCAUUCACUUUCAUAGGGAUGCUAUCAAUGAGUUUUUAGAGGCUCAAAUUAUUAUCCUGUCAAUUUUACAUAAUAUCAGGCCUAGGAGUCACACCUCCACCUUUACCAAGGACGUCGCUCAACUCCUUUAUCUAAUCAUGAAAUGGAGAAGGAUAGAUGUUGCUCAAAUCAUUUCUACUAAAAUGAGGAAUGUUGCUGAAAGUGGAAGGGAGUUUGGAUCGGGAACCAAAACCACUUGUCCCCUUGUCUAUCACAGCCUAAUCAUGGGAUUAAUCAUAGAUGCCCGAGUGCAUAUUCAAAAUUUUGUGCACUUAGAGAUCAAAACAAAGGUGAAUGACGCAUAUGUUGAAAGGAGAGAAGCCCGAUGCAUCCCACCAAAUGAUGUCUCCGGAGACUUUUCAGAGUCAUAUUUCUUAGCCUGGGGACAUGCCAUUCUACCAGGGGGUGGCAACUGGUCAAGGAGAUGA